GAGAUUAUCGAAGAUCUUGCACAUGAACCAGUCUAUAUAUAUAAUCCAACUCCCUGAUACUUGAUCGGAAACCCUACUUCCUCACAUCCCUGUUAAGUCUCAAAAACCAAGAAAUAGAAUGAUGGAGAUAAUGAGUAAAAGAGAUGUGAUGGUAAGCAGAGGAAUAUGGUACAUGAUGACUCUAGUCUCGCUCUUGGCCCUAGCCAUAUCAAUCAAUCUACUCUGGCCAUUUGGAGACAAUUGCGAAUCAUCAAAGUCUCGGUUCUUUAGAGACUGUGCCGUGAGUGCCAUAACAUUCUACGCAGUGAUGCUACUCAGGUAUUUCGUCUUCGCAGAUCUUCUAUCUCAGCCCUUCAGGGAGUUCAUUGCAAGUGUAGACAGGGAGCUCCCUGCAUCUAUAAAGAGGAUUCCUCAGUUUUUGAUCUCGUUGUUGGCCUUUUAUGUGGUAAUCUGUUCGCCUUUAAAGUAUAAAGAGUACAUGCAAGAGUAUGUUGUGUCUGUGUCGUUAUUCACCGUCUCGUUGGUCACGGGAGGGAUAGGACUCAUACAGUUAUCCGAUAAGCUUAGGAUGGAGACUAGACAUACUUUGAUCACACUCUUCUUCGUAUGGUUGUUUUGUCUUUCUGGCAUUUAUUUGUGUUCUUCCUACGACCAAAAAGCAUUGGGAAUUGGUAUGCUUUGUGAGUUGGCCGCAACUUUCCUCAUCUUAUUGUUUUUGGAUGACUAAGUUAAGCGCUCUUUAUCUGGUUUUGAUGUUUACUUUUGUUUUUUGUUUUUGUUUUUAAGAUAUAAUAAAAUUACUCUGGAUUUCUAAA